UGUGUAUGCUUUUUUUGGCUCUUAUACUCUUACAAAAGGAAAGAAAUUAGGGGGGUGUACGUGUGAAUGGAAGACUCCCCACACUGCGCACACAAAUUGAAUUGAUUCCUCACGGAUCCAUCCGCCACCUUCGCAACUCCAUUCGGUCCCCACUAAAAAGGACCCCUCUCAGUCCACACUCAUCCUCCUCCUUCACCACUAAACAAGACCUUCAACUCCUCCUCCUCCUCCUGACGUGUUAGAGAGACAUGGAGGUCUCGAGACAAGGGAUUGUUUCGGUCAUGGCGGUAGCUUUGUGGAUCCAAAUCAUGAGCGCAUGCUCUGCGGUGGAGGCUACCAUUAGCAGAGGGAGCUUCCCGAAGGGUUUUGUCUUCGGCACUGCCUCUUCGGCCUUCCAGUACGAAGGAGCAGUCAAUGAGGAUGGGAGGGGACUCACAGUGUGGGACACUUUCGCCCAUAAAUCUGGUAAGAUAUCCGAUUUUAGUAAUGCGGACGUUGCUGUGGAUCAGUAUCACCGCUACGAAGAGGACAUUCAACUCAUGAAAGACCUGGGAAUGGAUGCCUAUAGAUUUUCAAUUGCUUGGUCCCGUAUAUUCCCCAAUGGAAGUGGAGAAAUCAAUGAAGCCGGAGUCAACCAUUACAACAAGUUCAUCGAUGCAUUACUUGUGAAAGGAAUCGAGCCCUACGUGACCUUGUAUCAUUGGGAUCUCCCUCAAACCUUAGAAGAUAAAUAUUUGGGGUGGCUUAGCCCGGAGAUCAUAAAGGACUCCGUGACAUUUGCGGAGACUUGUUUUGAAAAGUUUGGGGACAGAGUGAAGCACUGGAUUACGUUCAACGAGCCCCACACGUUUGCCAUUCAAGGGUACGACGUGGGCCUACAGGCACCACCAGGCCGUUGUUCGGUCCUACGGCUCUUCUGCAGGGCCGGAAACUCGGCAUCUGAGCCUUACAUUGUCGCCCACAAUGUCCUCCUCUCUCAUGCAACUGCAGUCGAUAUUUACCGGAAGAAGUAUCAGCAAAAACAACAAGGGUCAGUCAGCAUGUCAUUCGAUGUGAUGUGGUUUGAACCUGCAACGAACUCAACUGAGGACAUCGAAGCAACUCAAAGAGCCCAAGACUUCCAGUUUGGCUGGCUUUUGGAUCCCUUGAUGUUUGGGGACUACCCGAGCUCGAUGAAGACUCGAGUGGGGAGCCGAUUGCCGAAGUUUUCCCAAUCCGAAUCUGCCCUUGUUAAAGGAUCAUUAGAUUUUGUGGGAAUCAAUCACUAUACAACAUACUAUGCUAAAGCCAGCAUAUCCAAUGCCUUCAAUGAUUCUCUUGAGGACUCUGGUGCCAUCACUCAACCAUUCAAAGCUGAUUUCAAGCCUAUUGGUGACAGCGCAAAUUCCAUAUGGCUGUACAUAGUACCCCGCUGUAUCAGGAGCUUAAUGAACUACAUCAAGACCAAGUACGAGAACCCUUCCGUCAUCAUCACCGAAAAUGGGAUGGAUGACCCGAACAACCUGCUAAUCUCAAUCAGAGAUGCAUUAAAGGACCAGAAAAGGAUCAAGUACCACAAUGACUAUCUCAUGAACUUACUGGCAGCGAUCAAGGAAGAUGGGUGCAAUGUGAAAGGAUACUUUGUAUGGUCACUGCUCGACAAUUGGGAAUGGGCUGCGGGUUACACUUCAAGGUUCGGUCUUUACUUCGUGGACUACAAGGACAAACUCAAGAGAUACCCAAAGGACUCGGUUCAAUGGUUUAAGAACUUCCUGGCUUCAACAUAAGAAGCAAUGUUGGGCCAUUCUAAAGAUGCUGUAGCUGUGAAUUUUUGUACACAAGUGAGUGCCUACAUAUACAGACGGGGGGAAGUGGCGGGACAUAAAAGGCAAAUUGAUGUAUGCUAUGCCUUUCUUGGUUCUUCUUCAACAUGCAGAAGAGUUAUCGACUUGGCUAAUUUCAUAUUGUUUGAUACUUCUUCUCCUUAAUUAAGGUCUCCAGUUCAAGUCUUUAAUUGAGAAACUCAACUAUUGAAAGAGCUGCAGUUUGGUAGACUGGAUAAAGAGGAGGAUAGGAUUCUGAAAUCCUAAUCUUACGUUUAGUUAUGACAGAAUAGGUUCGAGAUCGAGAUUUGUACGGAUAUAAUUAUUAAUGAGCUAAAUGCCAGGAGGCGAGUUUAGCGGAUA